AUGCGAAAGACCAUAAGGAACCUCGAGUCAGUCUUCAACCGCAAGCAUGGAUACCCCUAUGUAUUCCUCAACAACGUGCCCUUCACCGAGCACUUCAAGACCCACAUCCGUGCCAUGACCACCGCACCCGUCAGUUUCGGAUUGAUACCCAAGGAGCAAUGGAGUUACCCGCCAUUUAUCAACAAAACCCAAGCAGCACUGAACCGUGAGGAUAUGGAGAACCGCAACGUGCCCUAUGGCGAGAGCGAGUCAUAUCGCCACAUGUGUCGAUACAUGUCGGGAUUCAUCUUCCGACACGAACUUGUCCAGGAAUACGACUACUACUGGAGAGUUGAACCAGGAGUCUCGUUCUCAUGCGAUCUCCUAAACAUUGAUCCAUUCAUGAUCAUGAAGACCAAGAAAUACAAGUACGGCUUCACGAUCGCCCUCCCCGAAUUUGUCGACACUAUCCCGACUCUAUGGGAGAACGUUAAGCGAUUCAGGAAGCUUCACCCAGAACAUAUCGCCAAACGGAACUCGCUCGAAUGGAUCAGCUACGACAAGGGCGACACCUACAACAACUGUCAUUUCUGGUCCAAUUUUGAGAUUGUCGACACGUCUUUCUUUCGAUCCAAGGCGUACCUGGACUUUUUCCAGCUCCUAGACGAUGCAGGCGGGUUCUUUUAUGAACGGUGGGGCGAUGCUCCUGUUCACUCGAUUGCAGCGGCGUUGAUGUUGGAUCGGCGAGAGAUUCACUUUUUCAACGAGAUUGGAUACCGUCAUGGGAUGUAUGAGCACUGUCCUGAGAGUCCAGAGUUGCAGCUCAAAUGCGCCUGCGAUCCCAAGGACAACGUCGUCGCAAGAAUCAACCCACUGGAACCCGCGGACAAGAUCAUGGACCUCUGCGAGCUCCCCGAUGCAGAAGAUGAGCUGAGGGCUGCCGACCCGGACAACUAUGAUGCACAGAGGGCUGUUUUUCUGAGACAUGAACAAUGGCCGCAGAGGAGUCGAGUGUCGGAUCUCAGGAGUAGAAGUCGGCGCUGGGUCGUCGAGACUUUGUUCAGGAGUCUUGCCUCUCUCGAUCGGGACGAUAUAUACGACAGCGACUGGGAAGACGAGGAGGAGUGCAAGGAUGAGGAUUAUGGCUUCCGGGAAAAGCAAGAGCAGGAAGAGAGCGACCUUGACGUUGGGGAAGUAGAGGAAGCAAAGGACAAGGAGAGCCAUACCCUGGAUACGAUCCUUCAGCCAGCAAGCACUGGCAGUUGCCCGUGGAUUCCACAAUGGACAUGGAAGUACAACCACCUCCAGCAUCAACAAGAACGAUGCCGUCUUCGUCGCCUGUACCCAAUGCACGAUAUCUUGGACAAGGACGACGCGGACAUGGAGACCAGAGUCGAUACACCCUCAAAGGCCAGAUCGCCAACAACAGCAUCGACAUCCUUACAACAAACACAACCGGCAGAAGAAGCACCUGGAUACCGCAAGAGGUCGGUGUUCUCGUCGUUCCCGGAACGGCCGGCGAUCUUGGUGGACUACCUCAGCGACCCACCCAGACUCGCCAAAAGUUCCAAGGGCGCCAUGGACACACUUCUCUUCUUCUUAUUAGACCUACCCAACGGCCUCUCGUCUCUACACCAAGACCUCGCCUCUGCCCUCUUCGUCCACGGACCACAGCGGAUCCCUCCCCACCCACUGCUGGAAAUGGCAGCCUCCAAUAUCCUGAUCCGAUUAGGGCUGUUGGUCGUCCUCUGUCUUGGAGCGUUCUACUACUGUGUCACCACGAUGGAGCAACAGCAACGACAAAUCGCAGGUGCGGAUGGUGGGACAGGAUCAAAUUGGCUUGCUGAUCCCGCCCCAGCCACCUCCAUUACCGCCACCAACUCCACCUCAACAACCGCCUCCACAACCGGAGUUGCAACUACAACAACAGAGAGUCACCCUCGAAGGUCUUUGUCGGAUCUGUACACUUCUGGCAGCGGUGCAUUUACAACCACAGGAAUGAAUAUGUCACUUGGAUCGGCAAGACGAGCAACAGCAGGAGGAGCGAGCACAAUGUUGACACCAGGCAUGACAGCAGCAGAGGUGAUGGCUUCACCAGGCAGGAGUGUCAACAACCUUGAGCAACUUCACCGCCAACAACUACAGCAACAGAGUAUGGGAGGUCAACUUUUGAACCUCACUCUUGUCAAUGAUGUGCAAACUGGUCCUGAAUCUGCAGAUUCAACAGCAACAGCACCUUCAACACCAGCGUCGAUCACGGCAACUCUCAUCUCUGCGCUUAUCCGGACCACAGCUACUGCGAUAGCCCUCACAUGCGGGACAGACAACCACCUACACUCACACGUGCCGCCCUACUCUGCUUCAACAACCCCCACCCUCCCUUGCUCAAACGUGUUCUCAGGAUCUGAGAUGGUCGCAGAUGGUAAGCCUGGUUUCGAACCUGGGUGGAGGGACAACGCCAGGGAUGGCGAUAUAGACCACAAGGCUCAAAAAAAGAAGGGCCCCCAGCAGAAUGUUCCACAACCAACCUACAAGGAAAAGCAAAAGGACAUCGACAACAAUAACAACAACGGCGACGACGAGACCAUCUAUCAAAGCGAACAAGAGUUCGGCCACUUCUCAACCAUAGGGCCUUUCGACGCUGAAGAUGACACGUCGAGAGAGUACCGCAACAUGAUGUACUACUCUUCCAACUACCCUCCUCCUUACAGUGCUACCUUUGGAAGUGGAGGAGGAGAGUCGAGUCGGUCCAAUUCUCGUCGUUCUAGUAUCUUUACACCUUCUCCCUCGCCUCCUGUCCCAAUUUUGGGUCAGGUCGCCGCCGCCGCCGCCACAGCUGUUGUCAGCCACAUCAGCGAACCACAAGGACUGGUGGAGGUGGAUGAAAAAGAGGAUGAGAAAUCACCUUUCUGGACUCACUUUUAUACAUUGGAUGCGUUAAAAUCCACCAUCAUCCACCGCAUCUCUACCACCGCAACAGGAAGACUUCCAUCCGUUCCCUCACACCAACAACAACAGCACGGUUUAUGUUCUCGGCCAUCGCCUCGCCAGACGUGGACUAGCAAUAAGACACGGUCUCGCACCAGGAUGACAAGGAGGGCUCUGUCGAACAGAUCACUUUCAAUAUCUACAUCCUUUUCAACUUUGCCCUCUGCUUCUAUUCCCUCGCCCUCUUCUUCGCGUUCGGUAUCAGUGUCUGCGACGACAUGUUCCACUGCUAGUUCUAGACGGCAACGUGCCCGCGCGGCGCGUCAAAAAAGCCUUGUCCAAUAA